AUGUCAGGUGGUAAAAUCGGUGGCGAAUAUGGGGAAAUCCGAGCAAACAUCGACAUUCAAUCAUUGAACAAGUACCUUGGGCAACAUGGAAGGGGAAUUAGAGUACCUGUAGAGGUCAAGCAGUUCAAAGUGAGGCUUUAUAACAUAGAUCUGAAGCUAUAUGAUGCUGAAAUUUCGGAAAGUAUGGACAGUACGUUUGUGCCCAUAUCUUACAUUCCCGGACCGUUACAGCUGGCUCUCGGCAGUCAGAUCACUAGCUGCCUUAUCAUCACUUGUCCCUUCGGAGUGGGACUCGAGAAUUUUGGCCCCCACACCCCAUAUUUCCCUCGGCAAAUCAAAUCCUUAUCCAAGCUCAAGCCAAGGUUGUCGACGUGGAAACUAAGGAGCCAGUGGGACCGGGCUCAAGCCAAGGUUGUCGACGUGGAAACUAAGGAGCCAGUGGGACCGGUUCCCGAUUAUGACGAGAUGAUCGCAUGGUACCGAGAACACCUCCCUGACGAAAGCAAAACCGGUCUUCGCGUAGUACAUGGAGACUAUAAAAUUGAUAAUAUUGUCUUUCAUCCCACUGAGCCCCGGGUUAUUGGAAUCUUAGACUGGGAACUAUGCACUUUGGGCAGCCCGCUGGCAGAUCUCGCCAAUCUUCUUAUGCCUUACCACGUUGACCCUGCAGAAGUACCACCCCCGAACGCGAUUAGUGGAUUCAAGGGACAGCCUCCUGAUGCAGUGCCGUGUUCUCUCGAAGAGUUGGAGCGUGCCUUUUGCGAUGGGUUCGGAAUACCAUACCCGAUUACCGAAAUGGUCUUUGCGAAUAGCUGGAUGAUAUUCCGGCUGUCAAUUAUUUCUCAAGGCGUUGCUGCGCGGUAUGCACGGCGACAGGCUUCGUCAGCAAACGCGAAGGCACAAGGAGACCGCUUCCCAAUGCUUGGGGGUAUGGCAAAGAGGCUCAUGCUGGAAGGUUCCUCCACGCAACUAAAGGCGAAGCUCUAA